AUGACCGACACUCCGGGGGACGACCGCACCCUCUUCGGCUCUGUCAGAGCCCCACCCCAUGUCGACGUCGUCCAGGCAGAGGCAGAGUUCAACCAGCUCUCCAGGGCGUUGACCAAGCGCUCGGUGUCAGACACUCCGUCGGAAAAUGAGAAAGGCGAGAAGGAACACCGAGACGUCGAGAAGGACGUCUCCAUCCUCGCUGAAGAGCCCUUCGAUUUGCGCGCAUACCUGACCUCGAGCAAUGAUGCUAACCAGAGUGCGGGUAUCCAGCACAAACACGUCGGUGUCACCUGGGAGCAGCUCCAGGUAGACGUCUUUGGUGGAUUGGGUCACAAGCAUGGAAACUCAUGCACAUUUGCAGACGAGAUUGUCAAGUUCGGGCUCACUCCCUAUUAUCUCUUGAAGCCCCUCGUCACGAAGCUGCUCCCUGCCAGCCGCAAGCAGGUGCCAACGUCAACGAUCAUUCACCCACAAUCUGGUCUGCUCAAACCAGGUGAAAUGUGUCUUGUAUUGGGAACUCCGGGUUCGGGCUGCACUACGUUCCUGAAGACGAUUGCCAAUGAGCGACGCGAAUACCACGGCGUGUAUGGUGAUGUCCGCUACGCGGGAAUCGACGCACACGAGAUGGCCAAGCACUACAGAGGUGAAGUUGUCUACAACAUGGAAGACGACAUCCAUAUCGCUACGCUGACCGUCUCCCAGACGCUCAACUUCGCACUGUCUCUCAAAACGCCUGGGCCCACGGGCCGUCUGCCCGGCAUGUCGCGCCAGGAGUUCCAGAGCACUGUCCUGAACACCCUGCUGCGCAUGCUCAACAUAUCGCACACGGCGAAUACCCUAGUCGGCGACGAAUUCGUCCGCGGUGUGUCCGGUGGAGAGCGGAAGCGCGUGUCCAUCGCGGAGAUGAUGGCGACCCGCGCACACGUUGUCUGCUUCGACAACUCCACCCGCGGACUUGACGCCAGUACUGCGCUGGAUUUUGUCAAGUCAUUACGGAUCAUGACCGACGUCCUUGGUCAGACCGUCUUCGUCACCCUGUACCAAGCAGGCGAGUCAAUAUAUGAGCUCUUCGACAAAGUCCUCGUCCUCGACAAAGGCCGCCAAGUCUACUUUGGCUCCCCAUCCCAGGCUCGCGCAUACUUCGAGGGACUCGGGUUCAAGCCGCUCCCGCGGCAGAGCACGCCCGACUACCUCACCGGAUGCACCGACCCGAACGAGCGGCAGUUCGCCCCUGGCCGCUCCGAAGCGGACGUGCCCACGACCCCUGAGCAGCUCGAGCAGGCGUUCCUGCAGUCGCCGUUCGCGCAGGACGUGCAGGACUCGCUCGUGAAGUACAAGGGCGUGAUGGAGCACGACAAGGCGGACCAGGAGGCAUUCCGCACGGCCGUCGCGGCGGACAAGAAGCGUGGCGUGUCGAAGAAGAGCCCGUACACCCAGGGCUUCCUCAAUCAGGUCCGCGCGCUGUUCUGGCGCCAGUUCCAGAUGCGCCUCCAGGAUCGCUUCCAGAUCUACACGAGCUUCACUUUGCAUACCAGGCGGGUGCUCUUCGCUUCGCUGCUGACAGCCGCGUUGGAUACUUUCGGAGAGAUGCCGGUGCAAAUGCUGGGCCGACCCAUCAUCAAGAAACAGACUGGCUACAGCUUGUACCGUCCCGCAGCCAUUGCCAUCGCGAACACUCUGGCAGACAUGCCGUUCUCGGCGUCGAGGGUGUUCAUCUACAACGUGAUCAUUUACUUCAUGGCGGGCCUCAACCGUUCUGCAGGCGGGUUCUUUACGUUCCAUCUAAUCACGUACUUGACGUUCCUCACCAUGCAAGGGUUCUUCAGGACAUUCGGCUUCAUGUGCACAAACUUUGACUCGGCGUUCCGGCUGGCGACGUUCUUCUUGCCUAACAUGAUCAUGUACGCUGGGUACAUGAUACCCGUCUUCCAAAUGAAGCGCUGGCUUUUCUGGAUCUUGGAAUGUGAUGGGUCUUACAUAACGCCUCGCAAUCCGCCCGGCGUCAAUAAGUAUCCAUGGCGUCGGCCCAAUCAGAUCUGUACGCUGUACGGGUCCACUCCCGGCGAGUCCGUCGUGUCUGGCCACUCCUAUGUGGACCUGACGCAGGUUUUGCUCGUGGAAUUCUACCCUGUGUACUUUGGCGCCGCUGGCGUGACGAUAUACUCGGAGGACGCUGAAACGAAGGAGCGGAACAGGGUUCUCCAGGAACGCAAGGCGCGGCGCGAACAGAAGCGCAGAGAGGGCGGCAACGAGAAACAGGAUGUCGAGGAGAGUCCCGUUCCUGAGGGCUCGAAGAGGCUGUUGCAUGACGUCUUCGGGUAUUGCAAGCCUGGCACGAUGACGGCUCUCAUGGGAUCUUCGGGAGCUGAACAUUGGCGUUGUUUCGGCGAAUUGCUCAUGGACGGACGACCCCUUGCCAGUGACUUCGCUCGCAAGACUGCCUACGCCGAGCAAAUGGACGUGCAUGAAGGCACUGCGACCGUCCGAGAAGCGAUGCGGUUCUCGGCCUACCUUCGUCAGCCGUACCAUAUCUCCCAGGAAGAGAAGGAUGCCUAUGUCGAGGAGAUGAUCGAGGUGCUCGAGCUGCAGGAUCUCGCGGACGCCGUCGUGUUCAGCCUCGGCGUCGAGGCGCGCAAGCGUCUUACAAUCGGCGUUGAGCUUGCCAGCAAACCCUCUCUGCUCUUCCUGGACGAGCCGACGUCGGGUCUCGACGGCCAGAGCGCCUGGAACCUCGUCCGCUUCCUCCGGAAACUCGCGGACAACGGCCAAGCCAUUCUGUGUACGAUCCACCAGCCGUCUUCGAUGCUCAUCCAGACCUUCGACAAGCUACUCCUCCUAGAGCGCGGCGGCGAGACCGUGUACUUUGGCGAUAUUGGACAGGACUCUGCUAUCUUGCGUAGCUACUUCGCGAAGCAUGGCGCGGUGUGCCCGUCGAACGUCAACCCGGCCGAGUUCAUGCUGGACGCGAUAGGUGCAGGUUUGGCGCCGCGGAUUGGUGAUCGUGAUUGGAAAGACGUCUGGCUCGGCUCGGAGGAGUAUGCAGAGGUGAGGCGAGAGAUCGACCGGAUGAAGCAUGAGACUGCCGCGAAGUCUGUGGCCGCAAAUGAAAAGUCUGCUAUGUAUGCCACGCCGUUCUUCUACCAGCUGAAAGUGGUUGUUGCCCGCAACAAUUCGAUGCUCUGGCGCUCGCCCGACUACGUCUGGAGCCGUCUGUUCGUCCACGCCUUCAUCUCGCUGUUCGUCUCCCUGCCGUUCCUGCAACUGGGCAACGAUACCCGUGACCUGCAGUACCGUGUCUUCUUCUGGGUUAGCAUCCUCCCCGCCAUCGUCAUGGGCCAGCUGGAGCCUAUGUGGAUCAUCAAUCGUCGUAUCUUCGUCCGGGAAGCGUCCAGCCGAAUCUAUUCGCCGUACGUCUUCGCCAUCGGCCAGCUCAUUGGGAGAUGCCGUGCUGCGGGCGUUGGAGGCACCUUCUUCCAGCUGCUCCCGUUCUUUACCCUCGGUCAGCUCAUCGGUGCAAUCUCGCCCAGUAUGCAGAUCGCUCCCCUGUUCAAUCCGUUUGUCGUUGUCGUGCUCGGUAUCUUCUGCGGUGUCCAGAUCCCAUACCCGACUAUGGAGAGCUUCUGGCGAACGUGGCUCUACCAGCUUGACCCGUACACCAGAUUGCUAAGCUCGAUGCUCUCGGUCGAGCUGCACGGGCUCCAGAUACAGUGCGCCGCGGAGGAGUUCGUCGUCUUCAGCCCGCCUUCAGCGCAAACGUGCCAGCAGUGGGCGGGAGACUUCGUCGACUACUACGGAGGGUAUUUGAACAACCCUAAUGCGACCAGUGCAUGUCAAUAUUGCGAAUACUCAGUUGGUGAUGAGUUCUUCACACCGCUGAACAUCUUGUACUCGAACCGGUGGAGAGACGUAUUCAUCUUGCUCGCUUACUCUGUGUUCAACAUCAUUGCGACUGUUAUUGCUUCGCGCUUCCUUCGCUAUGCAAAGCGGUAG